AUGACCUCCAAUACCAGCCCUAUCUUUGUCUUCGUGCCUGGUGCAUGGCACACCCCAGACACUUUCGACGGCAUUCGGGACUUGCUGAACAAGCGGGGAUUUGAAUCUGAGGCUGUCGCCAAUCAGUCUGUCGGCGCUGCUGAUCCAUUGACUGGUCUUCAUGCUGAUAUUUCCUAUACGAAAAAUGUUCUUCAAAAGUUUGCCGAUCAGGGACGACAGAUCGUGGUCGUGACCCAUUCCUAUGGUGGUAUGGCUGGUCUCCCCGGUGGGGUGAUCCAGGUGGUUUGGAUGGCGGCUUUUGUUACUCCCAAGGGCAAGUCGAUUAUUGACAUUCUGGGUGGCAACUGGCUUCCGUGGAUGUUAUUGAAGAACCCGGAUGACGGGUACUGCUACUCUUCUGAGCAAGAGACCAUUUUCUAUCACGACAUGACCCCGGCCGCACAGCAACAGGCUAUUGCUAACCUCAAGCCACACCCCAAGCCUUCCUUCUUGGAAAAGUCCGUGCACGAACCAUGGCACGAGAUACCCUCAUUCUAUCUCUUCUGCGACAGAGAUCAGGCCCUGCCGCUCCAAAUCCAGGAGGCUUUUGCUCAGGCCUUAGGCAGCCCGGAUCAGGUUGCAGAUGGACUUGAGCUUGCCUUGAAGGAGGGUCUGCAGAAGACCGCGAUCGCCGCUCAAUAA